AUGGCCCAGAAAUAUAUCCCUUCGACCAUGAAGGCGUUGAGGUUGAUCAAGUACAAUGAAAAUUACCAACUUCGCACGGAUGUGCCAGUCCCUGCUCCUGGCCCAGGAGAGCUCCUAAUCCGCGUGGCUGCGGCGGGAUUUUGCCACACCGAUUACCAGGUCUAUCAAGGUGUAUAUGGCACAAAUUUGCCCAUCACCGGUUCACACGAGCCUGCAGGAACCGUUGUAAAAAUUGGCUCUGACGUACCAGGCGAUUGGAAGGUAGAUGACCGGGUCGGUGUGAUAAAUUUCAGAGAGCCAUGCAACGCCUGCAAUGGAUGCAGAUGGAGGAUGAAGACGUACAGCUCCCUAGAUGCCCGCUAUUGCGAGAACAAGACCAUGAGCGGUAUCCUGAAGGCGGACGGCGGAUUUGCUGAGUAUAUGAUUGCCUCCCACUACGCAGUUGUCCGAUUGCCACGUGAGCUGUCCUUUGAACAGGCAGCGCCCCUGAUGUGUGCUGGUGCCACCGUAUGGAAUGCGGUCAAGGAAACCGGGGUGCAGAAGGGAGGUUCGGUGGCCAUUGUUGGGAUCGGCGGCCUUGGGGUGCUCGCUAUACAGUUUGCCAAGGCUAGGGGGCUACGUGUUGUCGCUAUAGACAAGCGCGACAUUGGCCUGAAGCUUGCAUCUGAAGUUCCUGCUCACCUCAGACCCGACCUUACCAUCAGCUUCAAUAGCCAUGUUGCUAUCCAACAGAUCUCUGACUUUACCGACGGUAUUGGCUUGAACAGUGCUGUGGUAUGUACCGAUGAUGUUUCUGCCAGUGACUGGGCUCUGCACCGUCUUCAGCCUAAAGGCGUCUGUGUCGUUCUUGGUCUGCCAGAAUCUGGCUUCAAGUUCGAUGCGUUUAAUCUCGUAUUCCGAGAAAUUGUUGUCAAGGGAUCAUUGCAUUGCCCUGUUGAUGAAGCCGAAAAAAUGGUUGAAGCCGUUGUUGAGAACGGAGUCGUCAGCCAUCUUACACUUCUUCCUCUAGAGGAGGGCGAGAACAUUCCCGAGAGGGCAGCUGCGCAUUCAUUUACCGGAAGACUGGUAGUAAAAAUUUAG